CGAUUUUCUUUUUCUCAUUACCAGCCUGGGUAUGUCCCACGACGUGCAGCAGGAGAACGGCUGUCCCGGUAUAGUUUAUCAUGAGAGCGGAUACGUGGAGACCACCGUUAUGCACCCCGGCGACAUGUACAUCACGAAAAAAUGGUCCGAGUGCUCCCGGCGCUACCUGCGCUCGUACAUCGAACAGGGCUACGGGUUCUGCUUAGAAGACGAGCCGCAAGAUCAUUACUUCCCCGUUGCGGAGAUGUUGCCAGGUGUAAUGUAUAAUGGUGAUGAUCAAUGCCGUUUGCUAUAUCGACCAGAUGCUCGACAAUGUGACAUGGGGAUCACCUGUGAAACUCUUAGAUGUGCUAUUCCGGGCAGAGGUUGCGUGACUAGUAGGAAACCACCCGCCGAGGGCACCCCGUGCGGCGAAAAGAAAUGGUGUUACCAAAUGAAAUGUCUGAUGGUUGGAGAACGACCUGGAAUCACAGACGGUGGUUGGAGUACCUGGUCGUCUUGGAGUAGGUGUUCGCGGACCUGCGGCUCCGGCGUGGCGUACGCCGUAAGAAAAUGCAAUAACCCAUCUCCAUCCAAAGGCGGUUCUUAUUGCAUGGGCGACAGGAAGCGACAUAAAAUUUGCGCCACAAAUCCCUGUGAAAUCGGCGCGCCGUCGUUUCGCGAUGUGCAGUGCGCUGAAUUCAACGACUGGAUAUUUCCAGAAGAUGGAAAGAUGCAUCGUUGGACGACGUAUAAUCUACCUGAAGACUUGAAGGCGUCCGAAAACCCCUGCGCUCUUUACUGUAUGAGCGAAACUAAUCUGGUGACCUCGUUGAGACCAAAAGUGAUAGACGGCACCACAUGUUAUAGAGGUAUUCGAGAUAUUUGCAUCGGGGGUGUGUGCAGGGAAAUACCUUGCGACCUAGAUAUGGAAUCCGAUGCUGUCGAAGACGUUUGCGGCGUCUGUCGAGGUGACGGCACAUCCUGCAUUUUGAAGCAAGAGACAAUCUCGUUAAUGGCUGAACCCGGGCUCAAGAAGAUAACAGACGUACCGGCCGGUGCCAGAAAUAUCCGCAUUGAGGAGGUAGAACCGACCAAAUCCAAGAUCGUGGUACGCACCAGACGUACGAAAACUGUGUUGAUCGAUGGUAAUCGUUUAGGAAUGUUCAAUGUGCCAGGCUCUAAGGCGUGGCUCGGAAUGAUAAGGCCGAAGCAGGAAGCUUUGAAUAUACCAGGACCCGUCACCGAGGACUUGAUUAUAUUGGUUUUAGCGAAGGAGAACGUCACGUUGAAAUACUCAUUAGGAUUGAAGCAACGAACUCCUCGCAAACCCAAGUUCUCUUGGGGCUUCAUCGACUGGGAGAAAUGCUCGGCAGGUUGCGGCCCGGGAGAGCAGAUAUCGAAACCCCGUUGCAUCGAGAAAAUCGGCGGAUUGGUAGAUAAUAAAUUUUGCAGAAACAUCACUAAACCGGACGCGAAAGUCAGAUCAUGCGAUCAAGCUCCCUGCAUACUGCGGUGGAUCAUUGGCGAAUGGCAAGGCUGCGCACCGUGUACGCCAGGCUGCAAGAGAAGGCGUGCUGUCAAAUGUGUACGACCCGUCGGCCGUGGCGAGCAGGAUCUCGAUGUGGUCGAGGACAGCUACUGCCAAGGACCGAAGCCAAGGGAGUCGGCAUCGUGCGAAGUCAGCCGACGAAGACGAGAAUACAGAAGUGCCGCCGACGGCAAACGCGGGAUCUUCGCCACUCGCUCGAGCACGCUAACGCGACAAAACGACUUCAUUAAAGCUGCUCGAGUGCGUCCUAAGAUGACGGCUUUAACCGGCGCCGUCGUAGAAGACCGACAUCCGGGUGAUCCCUCCACGCGGCCAGGACAAACUGGAAAUUCGUCCAAUCGCUCUCGUUUGAUCGGCACUUGGUACGUUAAUGCGCUUCCAAAUGAGACGACGAGCUUAAUUUCAUCAGACGCGACUCGAAAUUCGACUAGAGCUCAUCGAGAUCGUUCUCAGAUAGAUAAGAGAUCGGGAAAUACAUCGAGUGAUAAAACGGUGAAUGCAAAUAAGAUUAAAAAGAACGAGGUAGUGGUCGAUAAGGAGGACAUUCGGAACCUAACGCUCACGAUUAUUCUGGAACGCGAUGAAAGGAACGUUAUUACGAAUUUCCCGAGGAAUUUUGAGCCACGACCGCCGGAGAAUAGUACGGAAUUUACCUUGGUCGGCAUGGAUGCUCUGAGGUACAUACAAAGAAUUCAGGAAGAAGCGCGUGCGUCCUCGAAGCUCUCGAUUUUUCGCAAAUGACGCGUAUGCGAUACGUGAUGAAGUAGAUCAAUGACGUGAAUAAUUGUACGAGGAAAUUCGAGCGUUCCUCGAAUACGAUGAGAGAGGGAGAGAAAAAGAAUUUAUUAUCAUACGAGAUAUAUAUCGAUUACUCUCGAGCGGAAGCGUCUGCUCUUUUUCGGAACGGCUGGCGCGGCACAAACAAGUGAAGAGAACGCGUUUGGAAGACGAAUCUGCGUCGAUUCGAGCGAUGGUUAUGCGAUCCAUCAAGGAGACUUUUACGAGUCGUUGAGUAGAACGACGGCGUACUGGUGUGCUGCUCUCGAGCAUGAAACGCGCGGCGCGUGCAGAUUGCUGAUGCCCGAAGCGAUAAAAACAAUCGUUACAUUAUACGACCCAAAUUAUACUUACGGCGCGCGCUUUUAUAUAGGCGUAUCGGAUUUUAACGAUCGGAUGGUAGAAAACUCGGCCCACGUCGAUUGUUGAGAGCAGCAAGUUGUAAGAUGAAUCGAUUAAAUCGGCGACGUUGUUUAAGCCCGGCUAACACAGCCUUAAUUGACGAUAAAGCGGCGAUCUGUUGGAGUCCGAAGAUAAUCUCUCAAUAUGCGGCGAUAUACGCGGCGAGGACGACGGGCAACAUAAAUUAUACCUGAACAACACGGAGGAGGAUGAUUUCCCGCGACCCACUAACGAGUCUCGCCGUUGAGCAUUGAUCUUUCAGAUUCAUCGUUCGCAAGUUAUUUAUGGCGGGAGCGAUACUUUGUAAUGAUCCGAGAUUGCAGACGUUUGCCUCCCUUAAUGGCCCGUGUUCUGGAGGUAUCAUUGGGAAUUGCCUGGCGCGUGACACUUUCUUGUAUCAAUAAAGAUUAAGUGGUAAAAAAACGCGCGUCAUUAAUCUUGAAUGUACUCGUUUGUACUCGUUCCACGUGGUUUUCGUAAUGCGUCUGACGUCCGUUUGUCUGUCUAGCAUCGUGAACGAACGCGUCAUAUCGCUUGACGAUAUUUCCUGUUCUCCAUGCGUCGCUUUUUCGUAUUACCUAUAUGUUUUAUUUGACUUGACGGCCUUCAUCUCGUCAAGCUGAUCAAUCACGUACGGCAAUACGAAUCAGCAAAGAGCAA